AUGCCUCCGAGUGAAACCACCCCACUUCUGGCGAGCCUCGCUACCUCGCCUCUUCGGCCGACGAGUCCCUCGGAGCAUGCUGCUACACACCCGGCGAAUGAUUCGGCACAGGCCGACGUUGAACGCUCGAUCGGGCUUCCAGACGCGACCCUCCCAGCUCCUCGCUCUAAUCCACUCGUCACUCCACGAAAGCGGGCCGCCAUCUUGGCUGCAGUAUGGACCGGUGUCUUCCUGGGCGCACUGGAUUCGACGAUAGUAGCCACAUUGAUGUCCUCGAUCUCGUCGAAUUUUGGAGCCUCAAAUCAGAUCUCCUGGUUGGCCUCUGCCUACCUAUUGUCGACCUCAGCCACAGGAGCGCUGUAUGGAAAGCUGGCAGACUUGCUCGGCCGUCGGAUGUCGAAUCUCAUCGCCCUAGCAUUCUUCACUCUCGGUACUCUGGGCUGUGGGUUAUCUAGUAACAUGAGCCAAUUGAUCUUUUCGCGAUUCUUGGCUGGUUGUGGGGGCGGCGGAAUCAUGACGACGAGCAGUAUUAUCGCCACCGAUCUAUUCAGACUUGAUCAACGUGGAUUAGUCCAAGGCUUUGCCAAUAUUUGUUUCGGCCUUGGUGCGGCUCUCGGUGGCCCACUGGGGGGCUGGAUUGCCGAUUCGAUGGGUUGGAGGUUCGCGUUCUUGGCCCAAGUUCCUCUUCUGAUAAUAGCCACAAUCCUCGUGGCUUCUUUCGUUGAGUACAGAUUAGAGGGACAAGUGACAAGCAAGGCAGAGUUAGCUAGAAGAAUCGAUUAUCGCGGCAGUAUCGCUCUGGUCUGGAUGAUAGGCGCCUUGCUCCUGUCACUGAGCUUCAAAAGCAACCUUCAGUACGAGUGGUCCGAUCCUAGAGUAUAUGGGAAUUUUAUUAGCUUCUUGGUCGGAUUGGCAGUCUUCAUUUACAUCGAAUCUACAGUCCCCGAGCCCGUCCUACCACUUCGUCUAUUGAAAUUUCGCACUCCACUCUGUAGCGUUGGGAUCAGCUUUUUUACCAGCAUGAUUGUCUUCUCGGUAUUGUACAUGUAUCCAUUAUGGUUUGAAACGGUCAAGCUGAGUAGCCCGACAGAAGCGGGGCUUCACUUGAUCCCGAAUUCGGUUGCACUCUCGAUUGGUUCUCUUGCCGCUGGAGGCUGGAUCCUUAAAACUGGCCAACAUAAGAUGGUGGUCUUCAUAAGCGCAGCUCUCUUGGUCCUUGGCUCGCUACUCAUGCUUUUCAAACUGGACUCACCACUCCACGAGUGGAUAGACAUUAUACCAAAUGGACUCGGUUUCUCAGCAAGCACCACUGCCGUUCUCAUUUCCUUAAUUGCAUCGGUUCCUGAAAAAGAUAUGGCCGUUUGCACGGGUCUAUCGUACUUGUUCAGAUACAAUGGUGUCGUCAUUGGUGUUGCCGCAAGCGGAGCCAUUCUUCAAUCGGUCUUGACCACCGAACUUAAACACAGAAUCAUUGGUGAAGGGGCUGCUGAACUGAUUGAAAGUAUCAGACACGAAUCGACAUUGGUGAAAAGUUUACCAGAGGGAAUCUGGAAACAGGGCGCGAUCGAAAGCUACAAAAUCGCCUUGAAAAGCGUCUUUAAAUUCAACCUUCUACUUUCUUUGAUCUCCUUCUUCUUAUCUUUCGGCAUCCAAAAUAACUCCCUUGAUAGAUAA